UCCUUCACGGGGAAGGCGUUGCCGGCUCGGAGGUGACCGGCCGGGGCCAACGGAGGGGACACUGCUGCAGCCUGAAGGCUCCUCCGCCCUAUCUCGGAACUCCAUGCUGGGACGGCGUGGCAGGGGCCAUCAAGCUCGUCUCCUAGUUCUUGUCUCACCACUCCACGUCCCCUUGUUUGACCUCGAACUGCCGUCCCGCGUGGGAGCGGGGAGCGGGGCACCGAGUGGCCGCCCCGCGUGUCGGGGUGGACACAGACUUCGGGUCCUGGAGGCCGCUUCGCCGCUGUUUAAAUCCUGCUGGACAGGUACCAGCGGCAUCCGGCCAUCAGGCACCCCCUUUCCCCGCACCCCCCGGCCGGGCUGGAGUGGGGAACUGAGCCAGGGUAGAGGCCGGGCGGGCCCGGCAGCGUGUGUUUGGAGCUUGUUGCCGUGGUUUCCCCGGCACUUGGCUUUGCCUCCGCCGUCCCCUCCCCCAAGGGUUUGUUUUGACAGGAAACGUGGUGCUGCUGGAGGGGAGGGGCGGCCAGAGGACGUGGGCGAGGUCGUGCAGACUGCUGCUGCGUCCCCUUGCUGGGACCUUUGGUUAAGGGGAAGAGGUGGAGAAAUGCCGAUUGGGCCUGGGCUGGAACGCUGAACCCUCAGGGGUUGCUUGUGCUUCCCAAAGCUGCUACUGUAGGUGGCACCAGUGGGGGUAAUAGCAAUGAUUUAAGGUGGCACAUGGAUGAACAUAGCUACUUGUUUUCGUUACUAUUAAGAAAAUCUGUUCCAUUAAGUAAGCAGUUUCACAAUGACAAAGUUUCCUUUUAAAAUAAAUACAUUUAAAUGCAAAAAUCUAGCUAAGAUAAAGAGACACGGUUAGUAAAUUAUAGUAUAGGUAAGGAGGGAGAUGUAGAAAUAGUCAUAAAGAGUGGUACUCAAAUGACUGCAGUUUGGGAAAAUCUUACAUGGUUGUCCUGCUACCUUAACUGUGAAGAAACUGAACAAGUUGUCCUUGUCCCCAGUGGGUGUCUCAGCACCCAUGGUCACCAGCCCAGUCAGGGACCUUGCUCUUCUUACCUGCCAACGGAUAAUGAGUUUAUCUCAGUGGUUCCCACUUGAGGAGGCUCCCUUCUGUGGUCCUUUUCCUUUCUUCUCUAGGGAUUUCAUGCAUCACCCUGACAGCCAGUGGAAGUUGCCUGAUUUGAAGAGGCCCAGGGCCGAAGACACCCAGUCAUGUGUGGAAGCAGCUUCAAUGCCAUUUUGUGAGAGGUUGAGGGCCCCAGAGGGGGAAGCACAGUGACCUGCUAUCGUGUUGGAGGCUUUGCUUGGAGUCAUCUUCAGUCUUUUCUGUUGACUUUACCUUUGACCACUGAUUAAAUUCUCCAGGUGCUACCUUUUUACCCACACUUCAGUGACACAAAAUGCCCUUCAAUGGCGAGAAGCAGUGUGUGGGAGAGGACCAGCCAAGCGAUUCUGAUUCUUCCCGGUUUUCCGAAAGCAUGGCUUCGCUCAGUGACUAUGAGUGCUCCAGGCAGAGCUUUACAAGUGACUCCUCCAGCAAAUCCAGCUCUCCUACUUCAACAAGCCCUCCAAGAGUUGUAACAUUUGACGAAGUGAUGGCUGCAACAAGGAACUUAUCAAACUUGACUCUUGCUCACGAGAUUGCUGUAAAUGAGAAUUUUCAAUUGAAACAAGAGGCCCUCCCAGAAAACAGUUUGGCUGGUCGAGUGAAGCACAUUGUUCAUCAGGCCUUCUGGGACGUCUUGGAUUCAGAACUAAAUGCUGACCCUCCUGAGUUUGAACAUGCCAUCAAACUGUUUGAAGAAAUCAGAGAGAUUCUUCUCUCUUUUCUGACUCCUGGUGGCAACCGGCUUCGUAACCAGAUCUGUGAAGUUUUGGACACAGACCUCAUUAGGCAGCAGGCUGAGCACAGUGCUGUUGACAUCCAAGGCCUGGCCAACUAUGUCAUCAGUACGAUGGGAAAGCUGUGUGCUCCCGUGCGAGAUAACGAUAUCAGAGAGUUAAAGGCUACUGGCAACAUCGUGGAGGUGCUGAGACAAAUAUUCCAUGUCCUGGACCUCAUGAAAAUGGACAUGGCCAAUUUUACAAUUAUGAGUCUCAGACCACACCUUCAACGCCAGUUAGUGGAAUAUGAGAGAACCAAGUUCCAGGAAAUUUUGGAAGAAACUCCAAGAAAAGCCAAGGUUGCAGGUGCCUCAUGAGGCUGACCUUGCUUUGGAGCCACAGAGAACAGUCACCGUGCCAGCCUGUGAGAGUGAAGUCUCUGCAGAUCCCUGAGAGAAGAGCCAGUGUUUCACUCUAGACGCAUGCUCCUUCUGCUUUACCAGUCGUUCUCAAGUCGGACUACAAAUUAGAAUCAUCUGGGGCGUUUAAACGCAGAGGCCUGAGCCCUGCCUCAGACAGAAUAAAUUCAAGUCUCCAGGAGCUGUGCCCAUGAACAUUUUUUUGUUUUAAAGUUCCCCAGGUGAUUCUAAAGUCAGCCAGGAUUGAGAACCACUAUGCCACACUGUUGAUUUUGUUCAAGAUAACUAAACGGGCUCUUAAAUGUGUCAGCUGUAAAUGAUUAAACUUGCAGUAUAAAUGCUUAUUACUGCCACAUUGUAAUUAUAUUCACAUGAUGAUUUCCACUCGUGCUUUCUCAGUCGGAUGUCUUAAAUGAAAGACUGCAAGUCUUUUCCAUCUUUAUAAAACAGAACUAGCAAACCAAAAACAUUUGCCAACUGAGGAGAAACAAGAGUUGCGAAAUUCUGAGGGUGGUGUUGCUUUAGUGUGGCAAACAGAACUACUCAUAAAUUAUCCCUACUCAAGUGCUGGGUCCGAGGAAGAAUUUCAGUCUAUUUCUUUCGCUCUCGCUCUCUCUCACUCUCACUCUCCCUCUCUAAUCUGCACCUGUAUUCAGGCUGUAUUUCUUGGCAAUUGUCACCUUAUAAAUUCUACCAAAUAUAUAAUUUUAAAAGAACUGUGGUAUAAAAAGCAAUUUGUUUCUAGUGGGAAACCUUAGAACUGGGUCUAAAGCAAAAUAAGGUGAAUUUUGCCCUAAGGCAGACAGGCCCAGUAGAGAAUUCCUGCCUCCAAACUUUCAGCCUCCUGGAAUAGCCUUGGCAUGUCAAAUUUCAUUUAGUUCAUGAUGUAAGAGACAUUUUAUUCAAAGUUAGAAGAACUACUUAUGAGCAAAAGUAAAUAAACACUAUUUGUCAUCUAAGUCCAUGAUUCUCAACGUGGUUCUCUUAGGGGUGAUUUUGCCACUGCCCCCGCCCCACAAUAUUUAGCCAUGUCUGGAGACACUUGGCUGUCCCAUCCUGACAGGGCAAGGUGGGAGGCUGAGGAAAGGCAUCUAGUAGGUAGAGCUUAGGGAUGCUGCUAAACAUUGUAUAGUGAACAGGACAGCACCCAACAAUGGAGAAUUACCCAGUUCAAAGUGUCAAUAGUGCCGAGGUUGACACACCCUAAAUAAAGAAUCAGAAUGAAUCCAUUUCAUGAUGACCCAAGGAACCAUCUCAUGCUCCAGGAAAAUUUGGGCUUCAAUAAGCAAGGAAGUCCAGUGGCUGUUGAGCACUUGGGAGUUGUUUUGUAUUUGGAAUCAGUCUCAUUUCAGCUAGUCAUGGCUGAUGGUGGGUGCUUUCUUCUUCUUGCCUCCUUUCCAUUGUCUAGAGGGAGCCGUUUCCACUUGCAGAAGCAAGCCCUUGCAGAGGCACCUUUUGGAGCAACUCUGUGUGAGUUGUUUCUCAUAGAAACUGUUAAUAUCAAGGGAACUCUGCUAAUAAUAACUAUUAGGCACCUGAUAACCUAUAUUAUAGUAAUAUUGAAGUGCCAUAUGCUUAAAAAUGAAAUGAAUUCAAGUAAAAACCUCAUUUCCAGUGAUACAUAUUUUUUAUCCAGAAGAACUAAACUUGAUAAAGUUGUCUAAAGUGGAAGGACAAUUGAACUGGACAUUGUCUUUAAGGUCAUAGUCUUUAAGGUCAAAUUAAGUAUGACACUAAAGUUCAGUGAUUUCUUCCUUCCUCACUGCUUCCUUCUCCCUCUCCCAUCUUGCCUUCUGGAAUAACCCUUGCCAAAUACCAGGGAUCAUACUGCAUAAACUAGAUUUUCAGUGUCUGCGUGUUUUCUAGAUAACAUCUCCUUUAAAGCAUUGGCUUUUCUUUAAGGGGACCUGCCUAGAUUCUGCUCCCUCAUGCUAACACACUAACUGGUAUUUACACACACAGAAAAAGUCAAGUUCCCAAAAAAGCUCAUUUUAACCAACCCACUGCUUAGCCUACUCACUCUUCUUAUUCCAUGGGUGAUCACUGUGUCUGAGGCAACUUCAUUAAUAAGGCAGCUGUUGUGUAUCAGGCAGAGAACCUGACGAGCCCUCUAGAGACAAUAAUCCCCCUCCUUAAAGGUUUUUUACAGAGCUAAAUGAGCUAAUGUAACAAUUGCUAACACUUAGGGGCAUUUCCUUUGUGCCAGAAAGGGUUCCAAGUGUUUUGUAUGUGCUAGUUUGUUGAAUCUUUACCAUAGCUUCAGGAGGAAUACUAUUAUCCCCAGUUCACAGACAGAGGAAACUGAGGAGACAUUAGGUAACCUGUCCAAGGCAUACACCGAAGUUGAGACUGCUUGCCUCAGUCCCACGCUCCCAGCUACUGCACCGGCCGUUUACUCUGCAUUGGGGGAGCCUAGCACAAGUUCUUAGUCACAUGUUGAUUGCUUUGAUAUUAGGUUGCACUAAGUUGAGAUUCAUUCAUCUGCAAUGCAUAGGUUGCCCUAAGCUGAGAUUCAUUCAUCUGCAAUGCAAACUUGACUCCCCAGUCAAGCUGCUUCUUCAUUCUGUCUUGCUUUCUAAAUCCUGUUGCGGAACAGACUGUUGCUGAUCAGCCUCUGCACUGCAACUUUUGUUUGUGUUCUUGUCAAAUCUGUUUCAAGGAAUAAAUGUAAAAGACUUGUCUGCCCAAUUAUACUGGGCUCUGUUUGACAGAUAAUUGAUUUUAGAAAUGGACAGUGUCAGUGGUAGGCUGGAAGUGGUUGGUACAGACUUGGGAGCUAUUUGCUAUAUUUGAAGGAAUUUUGUGAGCUAGUAAACAUACCCAUUACUAAAAAUUAAAUUAUAUAAAUUUACAAUUAAAUACAUUAUAUUAAAAACAAAGGUAAAACUCUGGGAAAUCAUUAGGCAAUUUCUUAUUAAACACACUUACAACCUAGUAAUUGCAAUACUGAGUCUUUAUCCCCAAGAAUUGUAAACUGACAUUCACACAGAAACCUGUACAUAAAUAUUCAUAUCAGCCUUAUUUGUAAAACCCCAAACUGAAAGAACCAAAAUGACUUUCCACUGGUAAAUGGAUAAACAGACUGUGGUAUAUCCAUACAAUAGAAUACGACUCAGUAAUAAAAAGGAAUGAACUAUUGAUACAUAAACUUGGAUGGAUGCUUAGAAAACAAAGCCAAUCUCAAAGGGUCAUUUUACUGGUCUGCUCAGGCUGCCAUAACAAAGUACCACAGACUGGGUAGCUUCAACAAUAUUAGUUUAUUUUUCACAGUUCUCAAGGCUGAAAGUCCAAAAUGAAAGUGCCAGCUGAUUUGGUUCCUGAUGAGGGCUUUCUUCCUGGCACUUACAGACAUGCCUAUUUCUCAGUGUGUGCGAAUGGAAAGAGAGUAUCCUCUUUUGUCUCUCUUUUAAGGGUAUCAACCCUCAUGACCUCAUCUAACCCUAAUUACCUCCCAAAUUCUCCAUCUCCAAAUGUCAUCACAGUGGAAGUUAGGGCUUCAUGAUAGGAAUUUGGGUGGCAGGUGGACACAAACAGUCCAUAACAGCUACAUAUUGUAUGAUUCUAGUUACAUAACAUUCUUGAAGUGACAUAGUUAUGGUGAUCAUUGGUUACGAGAAGUUAGGGUUGAGGUGAGAGUGUGACUACUGGGAGGUAACAUGAGGAGAUAUUUUACGGUGAUGAAAUAGUUGAGUAUCCUGAUGGUUACAGGAAUCCACAUAUGUAAUAAAAUUUCUUAGAACUACACACAUAAAGAAUGCAUGUAAAAACUGGUAAAAUCAGUAUAAGUUAAUGGUAUUGUACCCAUGUCAGUUUCCUGAUUUUGACAAUAUACCAUAGUUAUUUAAGAUGCUGUCCUUGGGGGCAGCUGGGUGAAGGGUAUACAGGAACUGUCUGUACUAUUUUCACAACUUUUUAAGUCUUUUAUUUUGAAAUAGUUUAAGCUAUUUCAAAAUUUAAAAGUUAUUUUUAAAGCCCUAAAAAAGAAUGAACUGUGAUACAUAAGACAAUGUGGAUAAAUGUCAGAAACACUAUGCUAGGUACUUUAUGAUUCCAUUUAUAUGAAUUUCUAGAAGGCAAACUAAUUCAUGCAGUUAGGAGUUAAAAGUAGUUGAGUGAGGUGCACAUUGACUGGAAAGGGAGACGAGAGAACUUUCAGGGGUAAUGGAUAUAGUCUAUAUCUUGUUUUAGGUGGUAGUUGCACAGGUACAUAGAGUAGUCAAAACUCACCAAACUGAACACUUAAGAGGUGAACAUUUUAGUGUACAAAUUUAUUAUGUCUGUAAAUAUAAACAUAUUUAUAUGUGUGAAAAAACAAAAUAAUAAUAAUUAUAAAAAGUAAAGGAAAACAAAUACUAAAAACUCUUCACUUCCAAAUUGUCUUACUAUUGUCUAUAGUCUUGACAUUAAAGAAUCUCAAGAUGGUACAUAUAACAGGUAUAAAGUACCUGUUAUAUCUGGAUGGUGGAAACACUAUGUAGCAGUGUACUAUACUGGGCAUCUCUGCUCAGCUUCAUAUUUAGUGACUCUCCUCCCACUUGCUCAUUCUACAAAUGAGGAAAUCAAAAGCUCAGGAGAGAAGUGAGAGCUGGAGAUACAGAUUUGGGAGCCUUAUGGGGUAUGGGUGGAAAUAGAAACCACAGAAAUGAGUAAGAUGGUCUAGUGAGAUUGAAGAGUACCAAAUCAAUGGGGAUUGGGUAGAGUGCUUAGAAGCAUCAACAUUUAAGGAACAGGCAGAGGAACAUUUUCCUGUAAUUGAAGGGAGAUGCACCUAUCUUCUCAUCCUGUCUUCUCAACCCAGGUAUGAAAUGCAGAAGCACAGCUAGGGGAAACUAAGGAAGAGUGGUGUCAGAAAAGCCAGGAAAAGAGUUUCUGGAGGGCUGUACUAAGAGAUGUCUGUAUUACAGAGGUGUUUAAAAAAAAAUAGGAGGCCGGGCGCGGUGGCUCAAGCCUGUA